AGACUGUCAACAACAUGGAGCCGGUGGGGCAGGUCGUCCUGUUAGCGGUCAGUCUGGCCUUUGUUAACCUGGCCAUCGCGGAGGUAAAUGUCGCACUGAACAAAAAGGCCUCACAGAGCAGUUUGCUGAGAUCGGAAUAUCCUGCGGAACGAGCUGUGGACGGAAACACAGGAACCAUUCUGUACCCUCUAAAGGAAUGCACACACACGGACCUGGAGUACGAGCCGUGGUGGAAGGUUGAUCUUGGAGACACUUACGUCAUCAGUCACGUGACAGUCAUUAACCGAGGAGACUGCUGUGGAGAACGACUGCGAAACUUCAUGGUACGAGUCGGUCCAUAUGAGGACUUCCGUGGAAAUACACCAUGUGGUGACAUUUACUCGGAAACUCCAUCGGAAGGAGAGACUAUCGACGUGCGGUGUGAGGAGCCCAUCUUAGGGAGGUGGGUGUCUGUCCAGCUGAUCGGCCGGGAGGACUACCUGUCUCUGUGUGAGGUACAGGUGUUUUCAGUGACAGAUGACGAAAGGCGACCUUAUCUACUGUACACGACAGAACGGGAUAUUAGAAAGUUGUUUCUAGACAGUUCGGCUACUCCAGAAUACGUCCAGCUACCCGGCAUAAGAGAAGUUAUAAGCUUGGCCUUUCACUGGAAAAAACAAAUGUUGUUCUUUUUUGAACUGGAAAGCAACGCCAUCUACAGAACGUAUCUAAACGAUACACGACAAAGCGAGGUUGUUAUCGAUGCUGAUCUCGUCACUCCGGCAUCCUUGGCUGUUGAUUGGAUAGGAGAUAAUCUGUUUUGGACGGAUAUGAGGAGAGAUGUGAUUGAGAUGUCUAAACUUGAUGGAUCCUAUCGGCGAACUUUUCUGAGUGAAGACCUGAACAGGCCCAGAGGAUUGGCAGUUGAUCCUAUUAAGGGGUACCUGUUUCUAAGUGACUUGAGUGACUUGGGAGAUGGCAAAAUAGAACGAAUCACUCUGGAUGGGAAGGAGAGGAAAGUUCUGGUCAGCUCUGAUCUAAAAUAUCCUACCGACAUAACCUUAGAUGUGACACAGCAGCGGCUGUUUUGGACAGACGAUGGGAUGAAAAGGAUUGAAUCUAUAACCACAGAUGGAAGAGUCCGGAAGCUGCUUGUAGAGGAGGAAUUAGCACCCCCUCCUUACGGCAUCGCUGUGUCAGAGGACAGGAUCUUCUGGACAGACUGGAGAUUCAGUUAG